CAAUUUAAAUGUUCUGCUCACUCACUAAGAAUAAAACAGAUUUAAUCUUUUAUUUCCCAUGCAAUCAUACAUAUUGAUGUCAUGAAUCAGAUUAGACUAUUUGUAAUACAUGUACUUGAGUUUAUCUUCUGAACAUCUUGAUUCAGAAACUUCGGAAAGGAAAGGAUGUUUCAAUAUAUGCUAACACCCCUACUUUAUAUAUUGAACUAAUCCAAUGUACUAUACACUGUGUAUCUUUACCAGUUUGAAUCACUUAUGACUUAUUACUUAUUGCUCUUAAGUCCAUCUUCUUAAGAUGCUUGAAUAAAGUUUACUCUAUUAAACUUACUAACUAUAGCGUUAUGUAUCAAUUACCAGUCGACAACGAACAGUAUUGAAACAUCAUGGUGAUAUUAAAAAACUGUAGUGUUGUUCUAUGGUCUUUUGGAUGUACAAUUGCGUUAGGAUAUAUUGCACUUGUAUCAAUGAAGAAUAUAAAUUCGCACUAUCAGCGGAGAAACGAGGUGCAAGUUAGGAUGACUUCCCCUGAAAAAGACAGUCAAACAAACUAUUUCAACGUUAUGCCAAAAGCAGCACGAGUUCACUACAAUGUAUCAAUUUUACCCGUAAAUCCUGUAAUCCGGGGCAUUGACACAAAUAUGACAGAUGCCCAAGCAGAGGACGAGUUCUUCUACUUGACUACUCACAAGCAAGUCAAUUGCAAGACAAGGGUGCGAAUAGGAAAAAAGGGGGAUGGGGGUUGGGAUGCGUGUAAUGAAGAGCCAUACAAACUACGCGAACCAUGUCUUGUUUACUCUAUUGGAAUCAACAAUGAUUGGAGCUUUGAUGAUGCCGUUGUAAAGCAGGCUGGCUGCGAGGUUCAUGCAUUUGACCCAACUAUGAAUAUAACCGAUCACAAGAGAGGGAAAUCCAUAUACUUUCAUAACAUAGGACUAGGUGUAGAAGACACAAUUAAUGAUCUGGGAUGGAAGAUGAGGCGUGUCUCCACAAUCAUGAAGGAUCUGGGACAUGAUAAUAAGAUAAUAGACUUUUUCAAAAUGGAUAUAGAAUAUUCAGAAUGGAUGGUGUUUCCUGAGAUGAUCAGAGAUGGAGUUCUGGGAAAAAUUAAACAACUUGUUUUCGAAUUUCAUACACAUAUGCGAAAACACACUGGCAAUACUGUAGCAAGUUCUCAUUAUAAAGAACCCACAAAAGAACAAUACAUAACAAAGUGGAAAACUUUAGAGCAAUUAGAAAAAGCUGGACUGAGACGAUUUUUUCACAACACUAACUGGGGAGGAAAGUAUCAAUCAAAGUAUACGAGGAAAAUAAGAUCACCUUACCAGGAAGUGUAUUAUCUAAAUGUUAACUAUUUAAACCCACAUUGAAUUUACUUCUUCUUUAGAUAUUAGAUCUUUUAAAUUCUUGUUCACGUGUAAAAGGCAUGCAUUUUUAGAUUUUUAUGUCACCACCACAAGUGGUGACAUAUUGUUUUCGUGGACGGCAAUUGGCGGCGUCUGUUAACAAAUGACAGGUGGUGACAUUUUGCAAUGUAUCUUU